AUGGCCGAGUCAUGUGGAAAAAUAUCCGCACACCCUCAAAUCCCCGAGGAUAAGCUGGUUCUGUACGUCAAAAAAGCGAGUCCUACAUCCACGGCUAACACUGUGAAGCCGCUGAUGCUAAUUGAGGCACUGGAAAUCCCUCAUACAAUUCAUAUCGUUGCAUCAACUAGCAACGAAACAUGGUUUCACUCUGUUAACCCCUACAAAAUGGUUCCCGCCAUGGAAGGAGUCGAUAUCUACCAAUAUGACGGUAAAUCGCAGCGGUUGAACGUAUUUGACAGCUCCGCGUGUUUGAUAUACCUGGCCGAGAAGUAUGACAAUAAAGGACUUUACAUUGGAAAGGACAUCUGCGAGCGAACCGUCGUUAUGAACUGGCUGAUGUCCUAUACUGCGGGCCUAGGUGCAACUGGAAAGACCUGGCUUUUGAUGAAAGCAGUCAAGUCAGUGGACAUUGGCGAGUCUCUUUCAGUUUUGCUCAAGUAUAUCCAGACAGAGUACCAAUUCUUGGAGACUCGGCUGAAUGAGCCCGAUCAAGAUUACAUAGCCUUGCCUGAUAGACCAACGCUUGCAGAUUUUGCUAUUUUACCUUUGGCGAAUGAGGGCGUUGCAAAAUCUGCCGACCUUGAAUUUACGAACUGGCCAAAACUGAAGGAGUGGAGUGAGAGAAUGAGUAACUUGCCUCCAGUUGAGAGGGCCUUGAAUCGAAUUUCUCGGUUUGGAAUAUCCGAUGAAGAACUCAUGAAGUUGAAUCGCCAGGAUUAG